UUUCCCGGAGCAACCGACCAGUACAGCUCUCGAGUUUGGUGGCGGGAAAGGCCAUGAGUAAAAGCCGGGCUGAGGCUGCAGCUGGAGCCCCCGGGAUUAUCCUGAGGUACCUGCAAGAACAAAACCGGCCCUACAGCGCCCAGGACGUGUUUGGGAACCUGCAGAAGGAACAUGGACUGGGCAAGGCGGCGGUGGUGAAGGCACUGGAUCAGCUGGCCCAGCAAGGCACGAUCAAAGAGAAGACGUACGGCAAGCAGAAGAUAUAUUUUGCGGAUCAGGACCAGUUUGACACAGUGAGUGACGGGGAUCUCCACAGCCUGGAUGCCAGUAUCGUGGCCCUCACUGCCAAAGUGCAGAGCUUGCAGCAGAGCUGCCGGCACAUGGAGGCUGAGCUGAAGGAAUUAACAAAUUCGCUGACCACUCCUGAGAUGCAGAGAGAGAUUCAGGAGUUAAAGAAGGAGUGUGCUCGCUACACAGAGAGACUGAAGAACAUCAAAGCAGCCACCAACCAUGUCACUCCUGAAGAGAAGGAGAAGGUGUACAGAGACAGACAGAAGUAUUGUAGAGAGUGGAGGAAGCGGAAGAGAAUGACCACAGAGCUGUGUGAUGCAAUCCUUGAAGGAUACCCCAAGAGCAAGAAGCAGUUCUUUGAGGAAGUUGGAAUAGAGACAGAUGAAGACCAUAAUGUGACGCUGCCCGACCCCUAAGGGGCCCUGGGUGGAGGUGGGAACAGACUGUCCUGCGCUGGCCCCCUUACUUAGGUGGCCUUUUUAUUCUUGCUGUUCUCCACCUUUGAGCAGUACACAGAGGAGCACAAAGGCAUAGUGUUUAGAGGCUGGGGAUCAGAAAGGACGGUCACAUCCAUGUUGCACAGGCCUCAACAAAGACUUUUAACAAUGCUAAAGGAAGGUAUUUGUAGUAUUUAUUGUAAUAUAAUUUGAUAUAAAAAUACUUAAUUUCCUCUGGA